CGGCGCUCACUCACAAUUCCCCCGUCUUGCUUCCUUCCGGUCCGCCUCCUAUUUCCGGCGUGCGGGGCGCUUGGGCGGGCUAAGGAGUUCCGGAUGGCGGUUCCUCUUCCUCUUUGGUGAUCUGAUCGCAGCCCAGGCGGCUCCAGAAUGUUUCUGGCUCACUCUUACCUCCAUGCUGUGUUACUAGCCCUGGUAACUGCUGUAAUAGCUAUUGAAAAUAAAUGCGAUCUAGUUGGGGAGAAAGGGAACGAAUCCCCCAAAGAAUUAGCACUGCUGGAGCGACUGGAGCCACUUACCAACAUGAGUUUUGCAACAGACAGUGUAAGUGAGGGCGAAAACUACACCUACACACUCAAAGUGUGUCGAGAAGUUUCUGCUACUUAUCCCUUUUCUGGCCUGCUGCAGCACAAUAAUAAGAAGGGUGAAACGAAAGUGGUGGGGCGAAUCAACGAGACCCACGUUGCCAGUGGAAGUAAGUGGAUUAUGCUGAUCUAUAAAGGGGGAGAUUCCUAUACUAGCCGUUGUGACCAAGAGAAGAGAAAAGCCAUAAUAAUGAUCAACUGUAACCGGAAAACACUGGCAUCCACUUUCACCAUGGUGACAGAAGAGCGGCAGAAGAUAAAUGAGUGUUUCUAUAUCUUUGAGUUAGAGAGCAGGUUAGCCUGCCCUCCAGAAGACUCACACCUAAGUGUUGGCUCCAUAUUACUCAUCAUAUUUGCUUCACUGAUUGCAGUAUAUAUCACUGGAGGAUUCCUUUACCAACGUCUGGUGGUAGGAGCAAAAGGCAUGGAGCAGUUUCCUCAUUUUGCUUUCUGGCAAGACCUGGGCAACUUAGUAGCAGAUGGCUGUGAUUUUGUGUGCCGGUCCAAACCACGAAAUGAACCAGCUGCAUAUCGUGGUGUUGGUGAUGAUCAGCUUGGAGAUGAGUCUGAAGAACGAGAUGACCAUUUGCUACCCAUGUGAUCUACUUACUUACUUACUGUGACCAGUCCUUUUCAUCAGUUGCUGGUACUAAGUCACUUCUCCCUUCAUCUUUCUGUCUUUUCUAGUUGCCCCUUUUAAGCUGCUUGCUGUCACCGACUUCCCCAUUCUUCCUUUCUUCUGACACGAAUGGGGCAAGGGGCAGGGCUUAUGAACGCAAAGGUGUACUUGGAAUAAGGGAGCUGAUCAGAGUCUUGCAUAGCCAAAUUGCUGACUUCACUGCCUGAAGAACCUCAGAUUUUACAUGACCUGUGGACAAACUAAAGUGGAGCAGCAUGUCUGGUACAAGAAAAAGGGAGUGGGCUGAAGGUGCAGGGAAAUUAAUACUAGACAGAAGGGUUAGAGCAUAUUUUCUAUGGACUAUUUUACAGAACACUGGAUUUGAUUUUCAGCUAUUUCAAUUUUUCAUGUCUUGUAGUUUCCCCUAAUUGUCUACUUAUCCUCUGAUGUGAAGCUGAUGUACCAUUUCAAGAAUCACCAUCUUUUCUUAACCAAAGCCUAUAUUAAAUGUAACUUUGAGUUUAUUUGCUCACUGGCCAAUAAUAUGUAUUUUUUUGUUUUUAAAAUGCCAGAAAUGAAGGUGGAGAUUUUAGGGGGGAAAUUAAGGCAGUCUAUUACAAAAUAGCAUGCAUUUCAGAGAGAGUUCCUGUGAUAUCACUCAGUUCCCUUUAAAAGCUUUAGUAAUUGUGAUGGGUCAUUCAGCUUUAAUUGUGACUAUGAUUGUGGCCAAGCCUGCAAAGUAUCAAAGACAGAUCCUAAACAGGAGUAGGAUUUAACUAAACAAAGGCAGGAGGGUUGAAUCCAACUGCUGAACAAAGAAUGUACUGUAUGUCUUUUUGAGUUCAUUGCUCCAAGCAUUUUGGACUCUGAAAUAAAUGUAAAGAAAAGUUAAGCAGCAGAUUCCUGCCAAGAAAUUUUUAAUUUUAUUUUGACGAUUUGAGGAGGCUUUUGCUAUUACUGUGUGGCUCAGAUAUUACUGUUGUCCGCUCUUAGUGGGGAUAUAAACUCUAAUCUGUUUCUGUAUUUGCUUUGAAGGGAUGGAACACAGUAGUUCUGUUACAUUAGGGGGGGUGGAAGGGUGCAUGUUGUAUGGUUACCUCAUAAACAGAUGACAGCUGCAGUUCAAACAUGCUUCUUGGUGUUGGAGAUAGGAUAACUAAGUUUAAAUUGAUUCCUGCAUUCACUUGAAUUAGCUAGGAACGCCAGUUCUUCGAGAUAGGAUAAUAUUUUAAUUUUCUAUUCUGUUAGGAGCUGGUGGUUUUUAACUAGGAAUAAAUCUCUGGGUGUAUAGAAGGGCCACUCUGUCAUUCUGUAAGAGAGGGCCCAAGUUCUUUUGGUGACAUAAAAGAGACACAUGUUGUGCAGCCUGAUUUGUCAAACUCCUCCCUGAUAGACAUUGAGUUACUGCAACUGACACUUUUUCACAAUGGUGUUUAAGAGACUUUGUACAAAAACAUAUAACUUUAAAAAUAAAAUGGAUUGAAAGCCCUAAAA